ACCCAGCAGGGACCAACACGAGUAUCAACAACUCCAACUUACCAUGAUCAGCUGCUGUUGCCCUGCUGUUCGCCUGCUGUCCUCCUGCUGUGGCCGCCGCUGUUAAGGGAGAGGGAGAGAAGCGCGAGACGAGGGGGACGUCCUGCCACCAAAAUGGAGCUCGAUAAGUGGCCCAUUUUCAGCCUCCUGAAGCCGGAGUUCAUUGAGAAGAUGAGGAUGGCCUGUGUCUUCGGUAGCCUAGGUAACGAAGCUGUCAUAGUAACCAAAGAUGAUGAUGUCUAUGCCCUUGGGUUCAAUGGCUCAGGAUGUCUUGGGGUCGGAGAUCAGAACAGCACCAUGGAACCUCGUAAAAUUGAACCUCUGUGCCAGAAAAAAGUCAAAGGAGUAGCAUAUGGCAGUGGACCACACGUUCUAGCAUACACCGAGAGUGGAGAGCUCUACUCAUGGGGCCACAAUGGCUAUUGCCAGUUAGGCAAUGGCUCCACCAACCAGGGGCUCACACCGUACCUCGUUACAACACACCUUCACAAUAAGAGGGUCACGCGGAUUGCUGCUGGGUCACACCACUCACUUGCUCUCACAGAGGAAGGAGAGGUACUAGCCUGGGGUCAGAAUAACUGCGGCCAGGUUGGCUCUGGGACGACAACUAACCAGCCCACACCAAGGAAAGUGAUAGCAAGCAUAGGAGGCAGAAGGGUUGUGGACAUUGCUUGCGGCCAAACUUCCUCUAUGGCUGUGAUGGACAACGGGGAGGUUUAUGGAUGGGGUCUGAACAGUAAUGGACAGUUAGGUCUUGGCAACAAUGUGAACCAACA